UCUAGCUAUGGAUGCUUCUUCAACUAUUUCUACCUCUUUAAGGAACAAUUAUUCCAUCUCUCAAAACCAUGUUUCCAAAAAAAGAAAGAUGGAGGAUAAAAAUAUAGAGAAAAGAGUAGUAAGGAUUAAAAUUGAUGAAAAAGAAGAUGAACAACAAAAGAAAAUUUGGAUUCCUUCUGAUUCUUGGUCUUGGAGAAAAUAUGGACAAAAGCUCCUCAAAGGAUCCCUUCAUCCAAAAGGUUAUUAUAGAUGCAGCACAACAAAGGGAUGCUCAGCUAAGAAACAAGUGGAGAGGUGCAAAGAAGAUGCUUCCUUUCUCAUCAUAACUUACACUUCAACCCAUAACCAUCCUAGCCCAUUAAACCAAAAAACUUCAAAAAAGAGGGCCCAACUUAUAGCCCAAACUCAAAUCGUUGACGCCCAUAAUAGGCCCAUGUUAAAUCUUCAUGAUCAAAGUUACCAUGGCUGUUUCAAUCCAACUAAUAGCCCGAAUGAGACCAAAGAAAAGGAAAAACAAGAUGAAGAAAAGCCUUAUUUGGUGUUACUUGACACUUUUACCCCUUUUGAAUCACAAUAUGAACAAUCCUUAGUUGAUUACCCACAUCUCAAGAGUUUAAAAGUACAAGAAAAAUGUGACUUUCUUGAUGCUAUUGAUGAUGUAGAUGGUUUUUAAUGAAAAAAAUCAUGUACUUCAUCUUCGCUUUA